AUGGGAGAUUUCAACUGUGUUCUUCGUCAAGAUGAAAAGAAGGGAGGCCGUGAGGUUCGUGUCUCUUGUAUUAAUGAGUUUUCUGAUUGGAUGGAGGAUAAUGAUCUUUGUGAAGCAGAUUCUUUGGGGUCUAAGUUUACUUGGACUAAUGGUCAAUCUGGUGUUAGUAGAAUUCUUAGUAAAUUGGAUCGUGCUAUUAUCAAUGAGACUUGGUUGAAGGAGGCAAUCAAAUUGUGGAAUCAAACGGUCUUUGGGAAUGUUAAUGCUAGGCUGAAACAAGAUCAACUUAAGUUUGAAGUGGCUUGUAGGAAUUCUGAUGAGGAUCCUUUUAAUACUUCUAAGUUGAAUAUUAUGAAGGAUUCUCUGGUGGCGGUUCAAGAUGUUCAUAUGCAGCAUCUUACUAUGUUGAAACAAAAGGCUCGUAAUAGGUGGAUUUUGGAGGGUUCUAGUAACACUUCUUUUUUUCACAGCAAUAUAAACAUUCGAAGGAGCGCAAAUACAAUCUCGGAGUUGGUUACUGAAGAUGGUGUGACUAUCUCGGAGCCUAUCCAGCUUCGUGACCAUGUGGUUUCUUAUUAUGAGUCGAAGUUCAAUGGUGUGGAGCUUCCUAUUGAGGAUAAUCUCUUUGACUAUGAGCAUGAGUCUAUUUCUUUGAUUGAUAGGCAGAUGUUGGAUGCCAUUCCUUCUUUGGAUGAAAUUAAAUCAGAAGUUUUUGAUUUAGGAGCGGAUAGUGCUCCGGGUCCGGAUGGUUUCUCAGGGUGUUUUUAUAGACAUUGUUGGGAUAUAAUUCAGCAGGAUCUUCAUUCGGCUAUUGUUCAUGCUUGGACUUCUAAGUCCAUUCCGAAGGGUUCGAAUUCUAGCCUAAUUAUUUUGAUUGCUAAGGUUAGAGGUGCGGAUAGCUUGAGGAAAUAUAGACCUAUUGGUCUAAGCAAUUUCUUCUUCAAGAUUUUCACUAAAAUUCUGGCUACUAGACUUGGUCGGGUGUUGGAUAAGUUAGUGUCAGAGGAGCAGGUGGCUUUUAUGAAAGGUAGGAAUAUUCAUGAGAAUAUUAGUUUGGCUUCUGGGAUGGUGAAUGAGCUGCACAUCAAAAGGAAGGAUGGUAAUUUGGGACUGAAGCUUGAUAUUUCCUAA